AUGACUCACUUCCAAAUCUUUGCUGAUGAUGCUGCCGUAAUAAAACAUGAUCCCGAAGAACAACAACAAUUGUUAACUGAAAAUAACGGUGCGCUUCGUGUAAAGCGUGACGAUACUAAUAAUAAUAAUAAUAUUUUAUCUUCUACAUCAUCGUUAAAUUCUCUUUCUCCCGUUGCUGUUGUCCGUAGUCGUUUUCGUAAUUUAAAAAAAUCACAUCACAAUAUACCAUCAAAUUUUUUUAAAGGCUCUGCAAAACAACAUCGAUUAAAUAAAAAAUUAAAAAAUGGCGGAUCAUUUGUUGAUAAUAGAUUAAAACGGUUUCGUAUGUUAGAUCCCGAAGAGUUUCAUGAAAUGUUACAAUCAAUGUCACAUUUAUCACCAGAACAAUCAAAAGCAUUGAACGGUGUUGACACAAUUGGCAUGCAACUUGAAAUUUCAAAAGAAAAUGAAUUAGUAAUUAUUGGCUGUUAG